AUGUUGAGCAAGUCGGAGCUCACCCCCGAAGAUGCAGGCGCCUACCAGCGCGUAGAAACUCCUCGCGCCGUUGCUGUCGACGUCAAUGUGAAGCCCAAGCGGGUGGACACCCCAAGCUACGGCACUAGCAGCGACUCAGGGGCCAAGGAACUGGACCUUCGUCAUGAAAUGGUGCACGAUGGCCCCACCUCCUUCAACUUCAGCAACUUGUACCGCUACGCCACGACGUUGGACAAAGUUCUACUCGCGGUCGGUAUCAUCACGACGGGAGCCAAUGGCGCUUUGUUCCCCCUCAUGGCCAUUGUCUUCGGCGAUGUAUUGACGGGGUUCACUACCACGCCUGUGGACAUGGACAAGGUCAACAGCGCGGCUCUCGACUAUCUGUAUAUCGCCAUCUUCCUCUUCAUCACGGACUACGUCUCGUACGUGGCGUUCUACUACAGCGCCGAGCGACAGAUAAAGGCACUGAGGGGUGAAGCGCUCAAGCACAUGCUGUACAUGGGCAUCAGCUGGUACGACGCGCACGACGCGCUGCAGUUGUCCAGUCGGUUGACGGGCGACACGGUGAGGAUCAGGGACGGCAUGGGCCACAAGCUCGGCGAUUCGCUUCGAUACUCGAUCCAGUUUGUCGUGGGUUUUAUCAUCGGAUCCGCCCAUGGGUGGGAUAUCACGCUGGUGAUGGCGUGUGUGAUGCCUGUCAUGGCGCUCUCGCUCAACUGGAUGAUCAAGACGUUCACGAUCAUGUCGGACUUUGCCCAGAAGGUGUAUGCUGAAGCAGGAUCAGUGGCCAAGGAGACACUGGGCUCUAUCCGUACUGUGGCUUCGUUGAAUGGAGAGCAGAAGGCAAUUGAGAAGUUUGAGAGCAAGAUUUUCAAGGCAGAGACGGAAAACAUCAAGCUGAACAUGGUGGUGACAGUGGUGUAUGCGCUGUUCUUGGCUAGUAUGUGGAUCAUGUACUCCGUCGGACUCUGGUACGGCGGGUGGAAUGCUUCAAAGGGGGAACCAACGCCGGGGGGUGUUUUCGCUGCCUUCUUUGGCGUCAUGAUGGGAACAGGUUCUCUCGGCCAGGUUUCCCCGAGUGUUUCCGCUGUGGCUAAGGCCGCUGGUGCUGUUGAGCAACUGUUCGCGAUCCUGGACACUGCGAGUGCUAUCGAUGCGGAGAAGGAGGACGAGGGAAUCAUUCCUGACACGUGUGAAGGCAAGAUCGAUGCGGUGAACGUCAACUUCACGUACCCGAGUCGUCCUGACGCCCAGAUCCUGCGCGACUACAAUGUCACCAUUGAGCCUGGUGUGACCGUGGCUUUCGCUGGUGCCAGUGGCGGCGGCAAGAGUACGCUGAUUGCUCUGAUUGAACGCUCUUACGACCCCACCAGCGGCACCAUCUACCUCGACGGACGGGAUGUUAAGACACUGAACGUCAAGUGGCUGCGCUCGCAGAUCGGCAUGGUGUCGCAGGAACCUGUGCUGUUCGCCAUGACCAUCUUCGAGAACAUCGCCAUGGGUGGCGACAACGUGACCCGUGAAGAGGCCAUCGAGUCCUGCAAGCUGUCGAACGUGCACAACUUCAUCAUGUCCUUGCCGGAGCAGUACGACACGCUGGUGGGCGAGAAGGGCGUCUCUCUAUCUGGCGGUCAGAAGCAGCGAGUCGCCAUUGCCCGUGCCAUUGUCCGCAAGCCCAACAUUUUGGUGCUGGACGAGGCCACGAGCGCGCUGGAUAACGAGAGCGAGAAGAUUGUGCAGGCAGCGCUGAACAACCUGAUGGCCACGACCAACAUGACCACUCUCGUAAUCGCCCACCGGUUGAGCACCAUCCGCAACGCGGACAAGAUCGUGGUGUUGAAUGAGGGCCACAUUAUCGAGCACGGCGUCUACCAGAACAUGUACCGGAUCCAGGAGCUGCGAUCUCAGGAGGAGCAGCAAGAAGCGGAGAAGCGUGAGGCCGAGAACGGACUAGAGAUGAGCGCGGUGGAGAAGAACUUCUUGGACAAGAAGCCGUUCAACCUGUUUGAUUUACUGAAACUCAACGGACUCGCGCGGAACCACUUUGUCUUUGGGCUGGUCGGUUCCUGCGUCGGAGGCAUUGCGGUGCCAGCUUCAGCCCUAUUAAUCACGGGCAUGAUCACUGCUAUGACGGAACAAUACGCGCUCUUCGAGAGGACCUGGGGACCGAUCUCACCUGACAACGUUGUACAACGACGUAGAGCUAAUGUUGGCUUUUUCGACGAGAAGGAGAACGCGACUGGCGCGUUGACUGCUGAUUUGGCUACGAACGCCACCAAGGUUUCGCUGAUUUGGCUGCUAUCGCUCAUCAUGCUGGUGCUUUUCCCCAUGUGGAUUUUCGGGGAGGUGGCGCGUAUGAAGGAGAUGGAAGAUGCUGGUUUGAUUUCAGAUGACUUGGCAAUCCCAGGAGCCCACGCGUCAGAAGUCGUUGGGAACAUCCGCACGGUUGCCGCUUUGGGUAUCGAGAAGAAGUCUGCCACCACGUUUAAUGAGCUGCUUCAAGAACCGCUGCGCAAGGGCCGGAAGGAAGAGCAGGUUAGUGGUCUGUCGCUGGGAUUCAGCUCCUUCAUCAUGAUGGCCACGUAUGCGCUCGUGUUUUGGUUUGGAGCCAAGAAGGUGAACGACGGCACCGUUGGUUUUGCGGAGAUGAUGCGGACAUUGAUGGCCAUCACGAUGUCGAUCCAGACGGCCGGAUCGACGAUUUACGCACUUCGUGAUCGCGUCGCCCCAAUUGAUUCAUUCACCUCCGACGGAUUCCGUCUAGCCAAGGUUGAGGGCCGCCUCGAGUUCAAGAACAUCUCGUUCCGAUACCCCGCGCGCCCGGAGAUCAACGUGCUCAAGAACUACAACCUCACUAUUGAACCCGGCCAGACGGUGGCGUUCUGCGGCCCUAGUGGUGGAGGCAAGAGCACUAUCAUCUCGGGGAUCGAGCGGUUCUACGACCCCGUGGUUGGCGAAGAGCUGCUCGACGGCCGCAACAUCAAGGACCUGAACCUGAACUGGCUGCGCAGUCAGAUGGGUCUGGUAGGCCAGGAGCCCACACUGUUUAUCGGUACUAUCGCCGAGAACAUCGCGUACGGUCUGGCCGAGCAGCCGAGUCAGCAGGAGAUCGACGAGGCCGCUAAGAUGGCCAACGCGCACGACUUCAUCACGCAUUUCCCGGACGGCUACGAGACGCAGGUGGGCAUGAAGGGCGAGCAGUUGUCUGGCGGCCAGAAGCAGCGCAUCGCCAUCGCGCGCCACAAGCGCUUUGGACUCGGAGAGGUGCAGGAGGCUCUGGACAAGGUGGUGGCGCUGAAGCGGCGGACGACGAUCGUCAUUGCUCACCGGUUGUCUACGAUUCGUCGCGCCGACAAGAUCUGCGUGGUGAGUGGAGGCAAGAUCGCGGAGCAGGGCACGCACCAGGAGCUGCUGCAGCUAAACGGCAUUUAUGCCAACUUGGUCGAGUCAGCUACUGCUUAG